UUUUUGCACUGGUGUGACUGAAUUUAGGAGAGAUACAUUCAUGUGUCAUAGCUCCUCCUGGCCAAUUGCAUGCAUUUUGUUUCGUACUUUACUAGUUUCCUGCUGCUAGGGAGAACAGAGAACUGUGAAGCCUGAUUUCAUUUUCAGCUGCUGCGGUGGAUUUAACGUGUGCUAAAGUUCCUCAGCCAUUCCAUUUACUGAGAUGAACUAAAGCUGGAAAAGACAUAGGAUCAGCAUUUCUUUUAUGGGAUUUGCAACGUGCUUCAGCUGCAAAAUGAUGAAGAUGCUAUGGAAUGCAGGUGUUUCAUUCUCAUUUUCCUUGUCUGCAACACUGUGCUUAUUAAACUGGACAGCAGCCCUAGACAUACCACUUGAGGCCUUAGGUCAUACAAACAUUGAACAACUUCCAACGAUCACAGAGCAGUCACCGACCUCUCAAGUAGCGUUUCCCUUCGAUGAAAAGUUUCCAAUUAAAUGCGAAGCAAAAGGGAAUCCGCACCCAGAAUUUAAAUGGACUAAGGACGGUCAGCCUUUCGAUCCCUCAAACGACCCACGGGUGACUAUGGUUGAAAAUUCAGGAACAUUUAUAAUCGGAAACAGUGGAAACAUAUCAGAGUUCCAGGGUGUUUAUCGCUGUUCUGCCACGAACAAACUGGGAACAGCCAUUUCAGAAGAGAUUGAAAUCAUAAUACCAACCAUCCCGAAGUUUCCUAAAGAAAAAAAUCCACCAAUAACAGUUGAAGAAGGAAAUGCUGUUGUUCUGCAGUGCAACCCUCCUAAAGGAAUCCCUCCCUUAAAAAUACACUGGAUGACAAUUAGUCUGCAGCAUAUUGAUCAAGAUGAAAGGGUUUCUGUGGGGCUCAAUGGAGAUCUGUAUUUCUCGAAUGUCUUGGAAAAGGACAGUCGGAGAGACUAUUGCUGUUUCGCAGCUUUUCCACGAAUCCGAACUAUUGUGCAGAAGACACCAAUGACGCUGAUUGUCAAUAGAAUUCAAUCUUUCAAUGACACAGAAUCAUCUGUUACCUCUGGGGCAAACUCUAUUCUGCAGAGAAGACCCAAGCUUCUGACACCCUCUGGUGGUCAUUCUACAAUAAACAUUGUGAAGGGAAAUGUACUUCAGCUCGAGUGCAUUGCAGAAGGACUCCCAACUCCUAAAAUCGAAUGGACCCGGCUGGAUGGAGAACUACCAAAAAGAGCUGCGUUUCCAAACCAGGGAAAACUCCUUAAAAUAUCUGAAGUCACAGAAGCUGAAAAUGGCUUAUAUCAGUGCAACGCUGCUAAUGCUUUGGGGAAAGUACUGCAUAACUUCCAAGUUACAGUUGAAGAGCCUCCUCGAUGGUUAUCUAAGCCUGAAAGUAUGAUAUAUACAAUUGGAGCAGAUGUUACAUUAGAUUGCAAAGCUGCUGGCAAGCCAGAGCCAACAAUACAAUGGAAAGUUAAUGGAGUGCCUCUCAGAAAUGUGCCAGUCUCCAUUGACAAUCAAAUUGUGCGCAGGAAUGUAAAAAAAACUGACAGCGCAGUCUAUCAGUGUGAAGCUUCCAACAAGCAUGGCACUAUUCUUGCCAGUGCUAAUAUCCUGGUAAUGAAUCUUCCUCCAAUGUUACUUACUGAUAAUAAUCUGGAAUAUGCAGCAGUGGAAGGGAAAGAUGUUCUCCUGGACUGCAAAGUGUUUGGAUCACCACACCCUGUAGUUGAAUGGGACAGAGAAGACUCAGCCUCUCCUGUUCAAGGUCCAAAGUAUUUUAUAUAUGAAAAUGGUUCCUUGAACAUAAAGAAUACUAUAAAGGAAGAUUCUGGGCUGUAUACCUGUUUGACUGGAAACACAGAAGGAAAAGCUGCAAUCACUGCCAUAUUAGAUAUAAGAGAUGCUACACAAAUUGUGGAACCUCCAGAAAAUAUAAAGGUUCUAAGGGGAAGCACAGCUCAAUUCACAUGUGGAGCAAAGUAUGACUCUGCUUCCGCAAAUGACUUCCAGGUUUCGUGGAAUAAAGAUAACGAGGAAAUAACUUUUAUCCACACAGACAACAGCAGAUUUUAUGUUGAAGAUGGUGUGUUGCAAAUAAUCAACGUGAGUAGUGAGGAUCAAGGAAAUUACACCUGUGUAGCUAGCACUGCCUUAGACCAAGCUCAGGAAACAGCAGCGCUUAUUGUCUUGGAUGUGCCUGACCCACCAGAAGAUCUGAAACUCUCCGAACCUAAAAACACAAGUGUGAGACUGAACUGGACCCCUGGGAACAGUCAUAACAAGCCAAUAACUGAAUUUAUUGUUGAAUAUGAAGAAUCCAGAUGGAAGCCAGGGGAUUGGCAUGAAUUGGUCAGAGUUGCUGGGAAUCACACUUCAGCACUUCUGAAGCUACAUGGCCAUGUAGACUACCAGUUCCGUGUCUCAGCAGUUAAUGAAAUUGGAAGAAGCCAACCCAGUGACCCUUCAGACAGAUACAAAACUCUACCCAGAGCGCCAGAAAACAAUCCAGGUGGUAUCGUAAUGGAAGGAAAUUUGCCUAACGAAAUUCAUAUUAAAUGGGAGCCUCUGAAGCCCAUUGAACAGAAUGGUCCUGGACUGGAGUACAAAGUAAGCUGGAGACGAAAAGGAGUUGAGGAUAACUGGAAUGAAGAAAUAGUAAAAAGGCAUUCCUUCUUUAUACGUAACACUCCGACAUUUGAACCAUACGAGAUUCAAAUCCAAGCGAUAAAUCAUCUCGGCUUUGGUCCUGAGCCAAAAGUGGUCACUGGAUUUUCAGGAGAGGAUUUCCCAGAAUCUGCUCCUCAAAAUGUUGCCGUGGAGAUCAUGAACAGCACAGUAAUCAAGGUCAACUGGUUAAGAGUUCCACAGGAGAAUAUCCGUGGCCAUCUUGGGGGAUAUAGGGUUCACUGGUGGAAGGUGAGAAGUUUGCUGGAGGAGAAGAGAGGGCAUAGCGAAAAACAUUCUUUGACAUUCCCUGGGGACAGAAACCAUGGAAUGGUUCCAGGACUGAAACCUUUCUCUGAAUACAGUCUAAUCGUUAUGGCUUUUAAUGGGAGAGGAAAUGGACCAGCAAGUGCGCCUUUCACAUUUAAAACCCCAGAAGGAGUUCCAGAACAUCCUGCUUUACUGAGAGUUGCAAGUUUCAAUAAGGAUUCAAUAACUCUGUUAUGGGUACCACCACUGGAACAAAAUGGCAUCCUCACAGGACACAUGCUGCAAUACCAACUAAUUAAUGACACUGAAGAGCUAGGCAACCUGCACAACAUCACCAUCUCAGACCUCACAGUGACCAGGUGGAAGGUUGGGGGCUUGGAGGCGAGCAGCAAGUACAAGUUCUAUAUGAGUGCCUGUACCAGGGUGGGCUGCGGAAAACCAAUUACAGAAGAAGGGAUAACCACCAUGGAAGGAGUGGUGGCAAGUGAUACAAACUCCAGACACACGCCUGAUCUUUCUAUUCCAACUACCACUCUUUCCCCAGUUGCCAAUGUCUCUCUGUCUUCCAUAGAACCAGCCUUACUGAACAUUAGUUCUUCUGUCAGUGACACCAAAGCUAACAUUAGCUGGAUUACUGGGAUGGCACAAAAGGAAUCUGAGUUUUACAUUGCAUAUAUGAAUAAUCGUAAAGGUAACUGGAAGAUUUCAGAAGCAGUAAAUAUUUCACAAAAUUUCCACAUCAUUGAGGGGCUUGAUCCUGGAUCUGAAUAUACAAUCCGUCUUAUGACUAAGAACUGGGUUGAUAAUACUAGUAUUUUUGAAGAUGUGGUCGAGACCAGGGGGAAAGCUUAUGCAGGUAUCUAUGAUGGGAUUUCCACACAAGGAUGGUUCAUUGGCGUGAUGUGUGCUGUAGCUCUUCUUACCCUAAUUAUGCUCAUUGCCUGCUUUGUACAGAGGAAUAAAGGCGGGAAAUAUUCAGUGAAAGAAAAAGAAGAUUUACAUCCAGACUUAGAAUCCCAAGGAAUUAAUGAAGAUACUUUCUGUGAAUACAGUGAUAAUGAUGAAAAACCACUAAAGGGAAGCCUUGAGUCGCUGGAUGGAGAAAUGAAAGCUGCAGAGAGUGGUGACAGUCUUGCCGGUUAUGCAGACGAAGAACAUGAUCAGUUCAAUGAAGAUGGCUCUUUUAUUGGAGAGUAUGCUGCACACAGGAACAAAGGGCCAGUGGGGGUGAAUGGAAACUCAAAAGGAUUACAUCCAGUCACUGCAUAAGGAAAUGGACACAACAAUUAUUUUGUGUCACAACUGUAGACAAUACAGUAUAGUGAACGGGAGGUUAAAACAUAUUCUCUAAAGAACAAUUUCAAAUGAGAAAUCUUAAAUAUUACUAUUGUGUCACACUGCCAUUUCAAGUUCACCGUAUGGCAAGUGCCUGCAUACUGUAUGAGACUUGGGAUAAUUGUUUUGAAAUUUAUACAUUUGUGGUUUGUUUUAUACAUUGUCUGAUGAAAUAUAAACUACUUUGCUUCUACUGUUUUUGAAAAUGCAACACUCUUCAUAUUUUGAUCUUAAGAUAAAAGUAACUGAUAUCUUCUGUAAAUUGAUGUAUGACUAAAGUGAGAAAUGCAUGUGUAGCCUUUUACUGUCAAUGUCAUAUGUAGCUGAAUAUAUUUUAUCCAGCUCCACAUGUAUAAUCCAAUGCCUAUACAUAGCAGUCACGUGUGCAUCACUAGAUAUGAAGACAGUACUGAUCUGUUGCAGCAGAAAUGUAAUAUGUAAAAAAGAACCCUGAUUAGAUAAAGAAAUGUGUUAUUGGCAAUUAUAUGUACGCUACAUGCUACUGUAACACAUGCACUAGUAAAAACUAAGAAACAAGAUUCCCUUAAAUUUGAGACUUAAACAUGUAUGCCAGUAGUUCAGAAAUGAAGUCUAGAGUUAAUGUUUUGAUUGAAAAUGUCCUUUAAUAUAACUACUUAAAGUUACCAAGUGUUUAGACUUUAGAAGCAACUCAAAUGUAUUUGUGUCAAAAGGCAGAUAAUAUUUAUCUGAACCCUAACAGUAUGUUUUAAAAAAAAAGGCAUAUUUUGUGAAAGUCAGGGGCGUGAACCAGGGCUUCGCUAUUUCCUAAUUUCACCUGUCUGUCACCAUUGACUGCGUAUUUAAACCCAACCACAGCUCAGCUCUUUCUCUUGCGUUAGCUUUUUUCCUCCUCCUCCUCCUCCUCACUUUUUUCAUUCUUUCACUGUGUCGGUGAUUCUCAUACACACACACACGCACACACACACACUUAUGUUAUUUCAAAUUUCUGCCAUAAAAACAAAUCACUGAAAGCUUCCAGGGUUUUAAUUUGUGUUUUUAGUAUUGUCACAUGACUAAUGUACUGCGCAAACAAUUUCUCAUUCAAAAGACUGCAAUCUCAUUCAAUAUAAAGUGGACACACAGAACACACAGUCACUAUAUAUAUAUAUAUAGUGUUUUAUAUUUUAUGGUUCUGUGUUAAGUUGAAACAUCUGCCUAGCUUGUGUCUGCCAGUAAAAAGAAAAGAACACAUUGUAACAUUCAGGGGCAUGAAAUUAUAAACAUUUCAACAAAUCUUCUCAAAAGGUCAACCUGUACAGUGUAUAUUUCCUUUCUUUAAAGCUGUUAUCAAAAUGCAUGGAACUUGUUGAAUAAUUACAGCUUGGUUUUAAGUACAACUACUUUGUCUUUUGUUAAGUGUGACAGAUUAUUUUAUUUAUUUUUUUUUUUUUAAUUCAAGAUUUUGCAAAUGUGUCAUUUGUGAUAUUCAUUGCAGAGAACCCAAUUGACAUUUACAGAUGUCAUGUGUUCAUUUUAGAGAAAGUCUCUCUCGACAGAUUUUGACAAGAAACAGCUUCUCUAAAUGACAAACCCUUAACAUACUGAAUCCUAUUUUGCCAGGUUGUCCCAUUUCUUUUCUCCCUCUAUGGUAUGGGUGUGCAAGCAGUUGAGAUUUAGCAUUUGUGAAAUCUGAGACGGUAUGUCAUUAGUAAUCUGUAUCUUGUAUUACCAAAAUUUCUUGCGUUAGCUUACACAAAAUAAAUUAUGGAAACAACUAAAAAAAUAUUGUUCAAUUGACAAUCAAAUCAAUAGAAAUGCGUGGGAUUGACAGGUGUGUUUUUGAUAAGAAUAAGAUGUUGUCAGAACUUGUCAGCUUCGGGCUUUUUUGGUACUAAACAUGCCAUUGUCCAAACAUAAUGGAGGUUGUUUUGCCACAAAGCAGAAAUGCAUUGCUGAUACUAGCCAGCUCCAGAUACCUCCCAUUCCUAUUGCCCAUUAAAUUCAAACUAGAGUGAUAGCGUGACCGAUUGAUUGAGCUGCAUUUGAUUAUUGAAAAAUGAGUGUAGCAGUUAACGAAACACAUUGACUUUUGACAUUGACACAAAAAAAGUGUCAGGGCUGAGUGGACCCACAUGCUGUUUUCAGAAGCCUUGCUUUUGCCAGGCCAUAAUGGGUAUCAGUCCUACAUUGGUUUGUUUUGUCUGAUUCUGUUGUGGCGGUAGCAUACUAUUUUCGACUAUUUUCUGAAAUCUGUAUCUGUUUUAUCGGUUGUUGAGUUUUUUUUCCCCCACUACACUUUUUUUUUCCUCCAGAAAAUACAUGUUGAUGAUAAUAUUAAUUAAAAUGUGGUGAUCUGGUAUUGAUCUGUUUGAACCCAAUUUUAACCUGGUCAUGCAUUUUCAGCAGUCAUUUCCCCAAUCAGAGGUUGUUUCAUACAUUCAUCUUUGGAAUAAGCUUUUUUUGUGGGUUGGAUUUAGUAAAUAAUAGUUUGAUCUGUCCUGGCAAGUAGCAAAAUAACAGGAUUGGGUUUUAUUAACUGUACAAGGCACCUGUUCUGUAGUUAAAAAUGACCUUGCACACCCUUACUUCAGUGGAAAAAAAUGGUACUGUUGAACCAAAGUUUUUUUUUUUCUUUUUUUUUUUAUCCUACUUGUACAAUAAGAUUUUCUUUCAUUACUUGUAUCAAGUUUAACAUUGACCUGUUUUUAUAAUUUGAUUUUUUUGGCAUAUCUUGGUAUUAAAGGAAUCAGCAACUGAAAAAAAAAAAGAAAGAAAAGUUUGAUAUUGUACCGUGGCAUCUGAUAAAGUUGUGAAUAAUAGCAUCCCAAUUCAUAUUUGCCACUUAUGUUUGCCAGUUUCUAUUUUCAACAGCCAGUACAAUGUGGUAGUUUAAAGCAUGAAGCAUACUUGAUAGACUAUAUGUUGCAAGCCUUUCUAUGUGUAUUUUUGCAUAUUGUAUUGUUUUAUUUUAAUAGUUUAUUAAUAAAGUUC